AUGGAUCAUGAUGAUUGGAUGCCCAGCAACGAUGGGCCCAUGGACAUGCAGAAUGACAGCUUGUUAGACACAGUGGACCAACAGAAAAUACUCAUUGACGAGUUGAGGACUCAUAAUGACGAGUUGAAGACUCAUAAUGACGAGUUGAAGACUCAUAAUGACGAGCUGAAGACUCAUAAUGACGAGUUGAAGACUCAUAAUGCAGAGUUGAGGACUCGUAAUGCAGAACAGAAGACACUCAUUGACCAGUUGGAGGAUACAAUCAGGAAGCUUACCAUAGAGCUGAAUGAUUUGAUGUCCGUAAACCACACCGACGUACUACAGAAGGACUUGAGCAUGCGUGGAUCCGUAUUAUCUAUGUUUGACACCUUCCAGGCCAGCCAAGUCAAGUACAUCAUCAGACAGGACCCAGCCACAGCAAUCAAACACGUCCACCAAUUCUACAAAGGGAAUGGCCCCACUGUCAACAACAAGGCAUUGUGGUACACCGAAGAUGUCCGCCCCAGUGGACCCAAAUUAUGCCGAGGCAUGUGGAUCACCUCACCCUCGUCGUCAGCGUCUGCACCACAUAUCAACACUAUCUUUGGCCUAGUACGUCAUGGGUAUCAUUGGACAGUUGGAGAUGCUAGUUACAAAUCAACUGCGAUCUUCAACUUCAACGCACAACAAUUCUUUGUUUGCGGUUCUGGAAAGGCAGUUGCCACUGGUCGGCGCGCAUCUAUGUGCGAUGAUUGCAUAUCGUUCAGCGAGCGAGCACGGAAAGAGUACUCCAACUACAAGAGGUCCAAGCCCUAUCUGGAUUCCCCAGGUGAUUCAUGGCUCACCAGUAAUUACAAACUGACGAUGGUUGACCCACUGGUAAAGACCAUCACCAGCCUUCUUGCAGACAAAGAGAGUGCAAAGAAGCUCAAGGAGAGUCUAUUCUAUCAGAUUGUCUACGAUCAGUUCAAGUCAUGGUCCAACCCCCACGGCGCCCGAUGGUCACAAGCCUCGAUUGACUACUUCCAAACACUGCUGCACAAUCAUGGAAAGAAGUUACUGUCACUUUAUGUUGGAUCCAGACGGGACGUGGCUGAUCUUGGAGUUGGAGGUGUACCUGCGCCCAGUCGUUCAACUCUUCAGGCCAAGACCCAAAGCGCGGCCGUCAACAUGUACGACAACAGGACCCACAAGCGCUUCAAGGCCUUGCAAGCAACCGUUGGGCCUGACUGUCCUCAAUUUGGCUUCGUUGCAUACGAUGAGAUUGACAUCUCCAAGGGUCUCAUUAUCAGAAACACCAACUUUGGCAAGGAGAUGAUCGGCUUGACUACAGGGCCUGUCAACCAAGAGAAUAUUGAAGCCUACCUCAAUGAUCUCCCCUCGGUUACCGAGAAGCUUGCCACCAAGGUUCUACAGUUCUUCUAUGUGUCACUCCAGGGCCAUAUCUCAAUCCCCAUCGCGCGCUUCCCGACCAAUGGCAAAGCUACAAUUACUGUUGCAAUCAACUGCAUCAAGUAUUUGAUCGGAGUAGCUGAGAGGUACAACAUCCGCAUCAUUACAGGCACAAGCGACAGCCAUGACACACAGAACAUAGUUCCCACUCAGAUCAAGAAUUGGCUAAUGGAGCGUAGUCAAUCACCUGUGUCCACUCAGAUAACUAUCCUGCCAUCGCCAUCCAACCUGCCAUCGUCGUCGACCAUUCAAUCGCCAACCGCGCUGUCGACCAUGCCGUCGAUCAAUCAUUCGUCCACGCCGACUACCAUUCAAUCGCCGUCAACCGAUCAAUCGCCGUCAACCAUUCAAUCACCGUCGACCAUUCCGUUGACCAAUCAUUCGUCCACGCCGACGACCAUUCAAUCGCAGUCGACCAAUCAUUCGUCCACGCCGCCGAUUACUCAAUCGCCAACCGCGCUGUCGACCGUUCAAUCACCGUCGACCAUUCAAUCGCCGUCAACCAUUCAAUCACCGUCGACCAUGCCGUCGACCAAUCAUUCGUCCACGCCGACGACCAUUCAAUCGCCGUCAACCGAUCAAUCGCCGUCAACCAUUCAAUCGCCAACGACUCUGCCCCCUGCCUUCACCUACAACCACAUUUACGACUUUAUUCAUAUAGUCAAGAACCUGAGAAACUUCUUUCUCGGCCCUGUUCCACUAAAUGGACCCGAUGGAGAGAUCCACUUACGUCCACUGUUUGAGUUGAACACCACCCAGAUUCGGGCAUUGCUUAUCCCCGAUGACAUUCAUCCCAGCGACAAGAUGAGACUCCAGUCAGUCAAGAAUCUCAUGUCCAGGAAGGUGACCAAGCACCUGCGAGAGCGUGUACCUGGUUCCUAUCGAUACCCUGAGAAAGAUACCAAGGAUACAAGGUGCUAUGGAACACUUGGACUCAGGUUCGACAGUGAGACCACAGCUCAGUUCACCAAGUGGUCUCAACUCAUGGACAAAGACGACGAGGGGUGGUUCGAUGUUAUGAAUAUGGACUUCGAGUUUAGUAACCUACACGACCAAGAGCCUGAGUCACAUCACUCUGAUGGUGCCCCACCACUCGAGCAGUCAAUCAACAUCGGAACAUCUGUCCAGUCCGUCAGUCCCAACACUCUGAGCGUCGAGCAGUAUGAACAGAAGUUGCAAGACUUGGCAAAGAUCUUCUACUUGAAGCGUGUCUUGACCAUCCGCCAAUUGAGUUGCUACAAGAAGUCCGCCGGCCGAACACUCAAGAUGUGCCCUAUAGAUGGAUGUCAGGCCAUCUUCUCGUACGAUACCUGCUACCAGACACACGUCAAUGACGACACUGCACACUCCCUUUUGAGGAUUCCUCUCAACUCCGACAAGGAUCAGGCCAUUUCAUCAUUGAAAGAUGAGUUCAAGAGGCUCAUCCGCGACAUUACUCGAGACGAACGCAUUUGUCUCCCUGCCAACAAUCGCAUCAAGAUCAUUCUCCUUGACACAGAGACAGCCAGCUUCGAUAAGGGCUCACUCAUCGAGGUCUCCGCUCAUGAGCUCGCGACGAAUGAAGUUUUCUACUCGCUCGUCAACCCCUUAGCCAGAUUCAGCAAUGGCGCCAUCAAAGCACAUGGCAUACACCCAGCCGACGUCAACGGAUGCCCCUAUUGGGAUACUGAGGGAGAGAAGUUCUUUUCAUGGCUCAGAAGACACGCCGACGAUCACUCAAGAGUGUACAUCCUUGCUCACAACAGUGCAUUCGAUCUGGGUGUCAUGGUUCAGUCAUCACUACGUUCUGGCCUGACGUUGGAAUCAUUCCCGCCCAAUGUAUACUUCCUCGACACCAUCAACAUUCUGAAACACCACAAAGACAAGUUCAAUCUUACGCCACAAGUUGGCAUCGAGCCACAGGGCAAUGCUGUUGAACUGCACCACGACAACCAAUCAGAUGACGUGCUCCAGAGCAAUGAGGUGUCCUCCGACCAACAUGACGACACUGAUCACCAGUUAUCCAACGAUUACGUCAAUCAUUUCAAUGGCUCCAGUAGCGACGACGACAGAGAUUUCAGUGACGACGACGACAGUGAUUAUUGUGACGACGACAGUGGUGACAACGACGACAGUGGUGACAAUAGUGAUGUCGACCGUCGUGUGUCAACAGUUCCAGCAACCCCACGACCAGCUGUCAAUAACGAGAUCACUUCUGAUGACACACCUUCCAAACCUUCCAAACUAUCCUACAGUUUGGACAACGUUACGCGUGCUCUGAACAUUGGCAACGUCGAUACGGCCAUGCUAUCGAGACAUCGCUCCUCCUAUGACGUGGUGGUCCUGUAUCAGGUACUAGACAAACUGCGCCAACUUGCAGACCGUGACCUGUCGACAUUGUCUUUCCUUCAGAAGGUGGCCUUUCGUUUGCACUCAAAUGCCAAAGUCCUCCGUCUCCAUUGCUUAGAAUAUUUGAAGAAAGACACAGACCUGACCACCGAGAUGAUACAGGAGCUAUAUGAACUCUCGCCAAAGACUACCCGUUCCACAAAGACCACUCGUUCCACAAAGACCACUCGUUCCACACAGCCAGCACCUGCUCCGCAACCGCCCGGUGAUGUGAUUAAUUCAGAGAGGUACUUGGCAUUUAUGAGUUUCAAAGUGAGCGAGAUGAAGGCCUUGCUCAAGGCAAGAUCUUGUCCGUUCAAAAGUGAUGAACUCAAAGCUCAAUUAUGCUACAGACUCUAUCUGAAAGAAGAUAUAGCGGCGCCUACCAAAUAA